AUGAAAGAGCAGAUCGACUCGCUUGCAACAAUCCAAGCUGUCUUCGACGAGCUUCGAGGAAAUGAUGACCACCUAAGCACCGCACAGCUGCCAGCUGCCAUGCGCUUGCUCGGAAUGAAUCCAACCGAGGAAGAUGUCAGUCAGCUCUGCAAAGGCGGCUGCUUUGACUCCACGCUUGAUAGACCGGCGUUUGCAAGAUUGAUGGAGGAAGCUCUUUCGAAAUGGUUGGCACAAGAUCAGGCACAAGAGCUUCUCCUCAGCUUCCAGGCCUUCGAUACCCACGGGAAUGGUCGGAUGUCUGUGGAGAAGCUGGCGCAGAUCAUGAGCAUGGCAGGUAACCCCUUCUCAGCCGAAGAACUCGAGGAAAUGCUUUUCAAUGCCGGUGUUGAUGGUGAUGGGACGCUGGCCUACAGAGACUUGAUUCUGCGGCACUUCUUGAGUGCUGAAAGUGGCGCUGCCCGAGGAGAGUGGCCUUCGUGGGCCUUACCUGGAUCUCUGGCACCGCUGCAAGAAGCCGCUACCUUGAGCGAGAUCGCAAAGCUCAGAGCGGGCAGAGGCGAUCUGGAGGAUGCGGUAAACCUUCGGUACAGGGCUUUGGCCAUUCUAGAGCAGCUUCACGGACCACAGCACGCAGACGUGGCGGCUGCUCUGCAUGCUAUUGCUGCUUUGAAGGAGACACAAGGCCAAGUCGAAGAGGCUCUGGACGUUUAUGGCAGAGCUCUUGCCAUCCGGGAGAAGGUGCUCGGACCAAGCCACUUCUACGUUGCAAUGACGCUCGACAGCAUUGCCAAUUUGAAAGAUCGCGUGGGUCAGAUCGAGGAGGAGCCCAGCAGGCAACAAGCGGUGAUGGAGGAGGCAUUGGCAUACGCCUGCCGGUCACUGUCCAUCUGGGAGAAGGUCUUCGGUCCCAUCCAUCCUCAUAUUGCCAAGAUCCUUUACAACCUCGCGGGACGAAAGGACUCACUCGGCCACGUCGAAGAGUCGCUGAGGUUGUAUGACCGGGCGCUGGACAUCCACGAGCAAUUACGAUCGGAAGAUAUGGAGCUGGCGGAUGUUUUGGGUGCAACGGCAAAUCUCAGAGAACGGCUGGGCGAGUUUUCUGCCGCCCUGAACCUCUAUACCCGUGAACUGGCUUUGCGUGAGAAGCUCUUCGGAGCUAUGCACCCGGAGGUUUCGGAGCUGCGCGCAAUUAUUUCCUCUUUGCAGGCCUAG